CACAUUUGCCUGCAGGUUUUACGAUUGCAUACCCGCCACGCCAUCCGUACUGAUACACAUUGGGAUAUCUCUUCGCUGAAUGUUACGCCACCAUCUGGCACUGAGUUUUGCAGCACCUCUGAAUCGAUGCGUCUUCCCCAGGAGCUCGUAGAUGCCAUUGUAGCACACGUCAAGCGCGGCAUAGACCUGAUCACUCUGCUCUGCGCCUCCCGGACCGUCUUCUUCUUUCAAGUCUCCCGCAGUCUUCGCCAUGUUUUCGUUCACCUCGCAACAGACGACUCGUAUCGCCUUCUCAUGGAUCUUCUCAAAGACCAUCCGUCUGCUCCCUCGGAGAUACGCCUGCUUGAGAUCUCUUUAGAGUCGUACAGGGAGUCUAAUCCGGAUUGGUCUGCCCUUCCAGCGCUCCUCGACGCCUGUACCGGCAUCCGCGUUCUCCGCAUCUGCGUGGGACACUACGGAGAGUGGAUGCAGCAGUUCCCUCCAACACACAGGCACGCGCUCUACCUCCGCAUGCAGCUCCCCACGCUCGAAGAACUCCACUUUGACUGGACGUCCUUCGACGCGGGGGCCAUCAACGAGCUUCGCGCGCUCUCCCGGCCGCCCGCGCUGCGGCACAUAUCCGCGCGCAGGCUGCGGGCCGCGCCCGCCGCGCGCGACUCGCUGGGCUUGGUGGUGUUCUUCGAGCGGCUGCUGGGGCGUGACAAUGCGCUUGCGGUCGAAUCGCUCAAGUGCGAUCGCGAGAGCGUCGCGGCGGGGAUGCUGCUGUUCCGCGCGCGGGAGGGGCGGCAGAUGCGCGUCCUGGACCUUACCGUCGACACCUCGCCCGCCGACGAGGGCACACCCGGUGACGUCAAGCCCCAGACGCUUCUCAUGGCGAACCCGCAGCUGGAGCACUUCGUGCUGAGGAUUGAGCAUUGGUCGCUCCCUACGAUGGUCGAUCUGUCGGGUAAUAAGGCACUGCGUACCCUGACAAUCGACUUCCCGCGAUGGCGCGAGUCGCGCGAGGCCGGAUAUGUCGUCGGCGUCCUCGACUCCAUCUCUGAGGCUGGCCGGCGCAACCUUGAGCGCUUCGAAUUCAUAGGCGCGGGACGUGCGGCGAACGAGCCCGACCAUGGUUACUUCUGGUGCACUAUAGACGCUGCCUUGUCGCGCCUUGAAGGACUGAAGGCGGUCAAUGUGCGCUUGACUCCUCCGCCGCGAGAGAAGGGGUUGGCAUAUGAUGAAGAGUGGGAGAAAGCCCAGGUUACUGCUGCGGUGGAGAGCUCGAUGCGGGAGACGUAUGGAAGGGGGAUACUGGAGGUCACGUCCGAGUAGAGAUUCAGCGCGCAAACCGGCGUAAGCUCUGGCUAUGCAAGACGCUCGGCGUCAAACCCCUGUAAAUGUCGAAGAGUCACGCGCCGCCAGAUUAUGUGGCGUUGUGUAUAUCUAGCGCUGUAAUAAAUAUAGGCAUACAAACCAAUCCCACGUCCUACCAUCAGAG